UGUCUCGCGGGGGCGCGCGCGCGGGCACGGGCUCGCUCCCCAGGGGGCAGUUGGCGGCGGGAGCGGGCGGCGGGGUCGUGGUUCUUAGAGCAGCCCCGGCUGCUAGGCCGGCGCCUCCAUUGGCGGACAUUUACACGAAGGACCGGGCGGCUCAGCCGCCGGAGAGGCAGGGCCCGCUGCCGUCGGACCGAGGCUCUGAGUCACAUUCUGGCCUAGGAGGAGGAAGAGGAGAGACCCAUUUGCCAGAGGGCUGAAGGUGGCCUUGAGGGCCAUGCUUUCGGUCCCAGGAUGCCCCUGCCUGAGCCCAGUGAGCAGGAGGGUGAGAGCCUGAGAGCUGGCCAGGAGCCAUCCCGUGGAGCUCGGAAACCUCAAGAGUCCUCUAGUCUGGUCCCGGCCAGGGACAAGGAGAAACAGCCGACAGAUGUCAUAUCCCAGGAGACAUCCAGCACCACCACCCUACCUAACAACACCCUCCAGGCCUUGCCGGCCAAGAAGCAGGGACGGAUAAUUCACCGGAAACGUAGUAGGGUAGAUGCAGUGGCCCCCCAGCCCCUGGAGUUCCUGAAGACCCCAUCUGGGAGCCGCCUUCUGGUGCACAAGUCGUUCCUUUACAAGCAGGAGAAGGCCGUGGGGGACAAGGUGUACUGGAAAUGCCGCCAGCACUCAGAGCUGGGCUGCCGGGGCCGGGCAAUCACUCGUGGCUUUCGAGUCACAGAGAUGCGGGACCAUUGUCACCCACCUGAAAAGGAAGGCCUGGGAAAGAAAAGGCGCCAGAAGGCAAAGCUGCCCAGUUCGGGCACUAAAGGCCAAGGAGAUGGGGUGAGCUUGUGGCUGUACCCUGUGGAGCCGGAACCCACCCCUCAGCCAAGCAUCGAACCCCCAGAGGAGGAGCAGGGGUACCGCUCCCUGGCACUGCAGAGCCUGCCUCCCAAGAAACGCCCUACCCCAGGAGUGGUUCGGUAUCGGCCUCUUGAGUUCCUGAAGACCUGCUACGGGGGGACCUUCCUGGUGCACCAGUCCUUCCUCUACAAGCGGGAGAAGACAGUAGGAAGCAAGGUGUACUGGACCUGCCGGGAGCAUGCAGUCCAUGGCUGCCGCAGCCGUGCCAUCACCCAGGGCCAGCGCGUGACGGUGAUGCGCAGCCACUGCCACUCACCUGACAUGGAAGGCUUGCAGGCCCGGCGGCAGCAGGAGAAGACCAUAAAGAAGAUACAGGCAAGGCGGAUUGGGGCUGGGGACCUGGAGGACUGUGAUGACAUUGAAGACACACUGCUGCAAGGGGUGGACAGCCUGUUCUACCGCAGAGGGCCGGGCACGCUGACUCUCAGUAGAUCCAGGUCCAGGAAACGAGCAAAGAAGCAGCAGGAACCCUUGCAGGAAUCCCCCGAGGAGGAGGACCAGGAUGUGGACCCCAGAGGCCCAGAGUUCCUGAAGACCCCUCUCGGGGGCAACUUCCUGGUGUACGAGUCCUUCCUCUACAGACGGGAAAAAGUGGCCGGAGAGAAGGUGUACUGGACUUGCCGGGACCAGGCACGCAUGGGCUGCCGCAGCCGGGCCAUCACCCAGGGCAGGCAGGUGACUGUGAUGCGAGGCCACUGUCACCCACCUGACCUGUUAGGAUUGGAGACUCUGAGGCAGCGGCAGAAACGCCCAGGCCCUGCCCAGUGGGACGGCCCAGAAGGGCCUGAGUUCCUGAAGACCCCUCUGGGGGGCAGCUUCCUGGUGUACGAGUCCUUCCUCUACAGGCGGGAGAAAGCGACCGGCGAUAAGGUGUACUGGACUUGCCGGGACCAGGCACGCAUGGGCUGCCGCAGCCGCGCCAUCACCCAGGGCCAGCGGGUGAUGGUCAUGCGCAGGCACUGCCACCCACCAGACAUGGGUGGCCUGGAAGCCCUGCGGCAGAGGGAGAACUUCCCUAACCUGACCCACUGGGAAGGCCCAGAGCCCGUGCAGCCGCUGGAGUUCCUGCAGACGUCCCUUGGAGGCCGCUUCCUGGUGUACGAGUCCUUCCUGUACAGGAAGGAGAAGGCCGCCGGCGAGAAGGUGUACUGGAUGUGCCGGGACCAGGCUCGGCUGGGCUGCCGCAGCCGCGCCAUUACCCAGGGCCGUCGGGUCAUGGUGAUGCGAAGCCACUGCCAUCCCCCUGACCUGGCUGGCCUGGAGGCCCUGCGGCAGCGGGAGAGGGAGAAGGCCGGGGAGAAGGAGAAGGCCCAGGAGAGGGAGAAGGCCCGGGAGAAGGAGAAGACCCGGGAGAGGGAGAAGGCCCCCAGCACAGCCAAGAAGAAAAAGAAGAAGAAGAAGAAGAAGAAAGGUAUACACUGGGUGACCAGGGCCUCUGCCUAA